AUGGAUGGAGUGAAUAUGGAGCCUGCACAAAAGGCGAGUACUCAUCCAGCAGUUCACCACAUCUCAAGGUGCUCCAUCAAACCAGAGUGCGUUUCAGACGAAUCAAAUCAGCCUUUCCACUUGAACCCAUGGGAUCUCUCCUUGUUAAACAUACCCUACAUCCAGAAGGGUCUUCUCUUUUCAAAACCUCCCCCGAGCAUCAUCGACCACCUUAAGGAUUCCCUUUCCCUCACCCUCACCCACUUCCUUCCCCUGGCAGGCCACCUCGUCACUCAUAAACAAGACAACCCAUCACCUUCUUACUCAAUUUCUGUGGAAUAUUCUAACAACAACAACAACCCAGGAGUGGAAUUUGUCCACGCUGUUGCUGCUGACGUGUCCGUGGCAGAUGUCCUCUCUCCCAGUGACGUUCACGUUCCCCCCAUCGUUCAAUCAUUGUUUCUGUUAGACGAAGCUAUUAGCCACGAUGGCCACACCUUGCCUUUGCUUGCUGUCCAGGUAACAGAGUUAGUGGAUGGAAUCUUCAUCGCAUGCUCCUUCAACCACGUCGUCGGUGAUGGCACUUCUUACUGGAAUUUCUUCAAUGCAUGGGCCGAGAUAUGCAGGAAGAUGAUGGUUGAUGGAAAGCAUGUUGAUAACAUCUCGUGCCCACCUGUCCUCACACGCUGGUUUCUCGAUGAUGAGAAUGGCCAUGUGGGCCCCAUAAUCAACUUACCUUUCUCCCACCAUGAUGAGUUCAUUCACAGGUACGUUUCAACCGCGGUGUUGCUCAGAGAGAGGGUCUUUCAUUUCUCCCCACAAUCCAUUGCGAAGCUCAAAGCUAAGGCCAACGCCGAAUGCAACACCAACACCAACACCAGCACCAUAUCCUCCUUCCAGGCCUUGUCUGCACUUGUCUGGAGAUGUGUGACACGGGCACGCCGUCAUCUACCCAGUCACCAGAAAACAAGUUGCAGUUUAGCCAUCAAUAAUAGAUCAAGACUGAACCCACCAUUAUCACCAGACUACUUUGGGAACUGCGUUCAGGCUGUGAGCGCAACCGUGACUGUUGAAGAACUUCUGAGCCAUGGAAUUGGGUGGGCAGCUUGGCUAUUGCACGAGGCUGUGAAUGAGCAUAAUGACAGUAAAGUGCGGAGGUGGGUGGAAGGGUGGAUGGUGAGUCCUUCCAUUUACAAGAUUAGCGAUUUCAUCAACCCCUGCAGCGUCAUGUUGUCGAGCUCACCCAGAUUCAAUAUGUAUGGGUGCGACUUUGGGUGGGGAAAGGCAGAGGCUGUUCGAAGCGGGUCUGCAAACAAGAUGGAUGGGAGUGUGACUUCAUACCCAGGGCGCCACGGAGUAGGAAGUGUGGACUUGGAGGUGAGCCUUCUGCCAGAAUCUAUGACUGCCCUCGACUCUGAUCCAGAGUUUAUGGAUGCGGUUUCGCUUUCCCUUUCCCACCACCACCAAUAG